AUGAGGGCGGUGGGGCGGGGUCCAUUGCCGCGGCGGUGUCCAAGAUGGCGGCGUGGGAUUCCGCUGUGUGAAACCAGCGCGGGCAGGCGAGCUACCCAGUUCCCAGGCGGCCCCGCACAGUCCUCCGCGAUGAAGGGAAAAGAGCGCUCUCCCGCGAAGGCCAAGCGCUCCCGCGGCGGCGGGGAGGAGUCGAGCACCCGCGGGGAGCGGAGCAAGAAGCUCGGCGGCUCCGGCGGCAGCAACGGCAGCAGUAGCGGUAAGGUGGAGAGCGGCGGCACCCGCCGGAGCCUGCACCUGGACAAGGGUAGCAGCCGGGGCGGCAGUCGCGAGUACGACACGCCAGGCGGCGGCUCCAGCAGCCGCCUGCACAGCUACAGCUCCCCGAGCACCAAGAACUCCUCGGGCGGGGGCGAGUCGCGCAGCAGCUCCCGCGGGGGCGGGGAGGCCCGCUCUGCCGCGUCCGCCCCCAGCUCCACGGGCGGUGACGGCGGCGGGGGCGGCGGCGAGUACAAGACACUCAAGAUUAGUGAGCUGGGCUCCCAGCUGAGCGACGAGGCGGUGGAGGACGGGCUGUUUCAUGAGUUCAAGCGCUUCGGCGACGUGAGCGUCAAGAUCAGCCGCCUGCCGGGGGGCUCGGGCGACGAGCGCGUGGCCUUCGUGAACUUCCGCCGGCCUGAGGACGCCCGGGCUGCCAAGCACGCCCGGGGUCGCCUGGUGCUGUAUGACCGGCCGCUCAAGAUCGAGGCCGUGUACGUGAACCGGCGCCGCAGCCGCUCCCCGCUGGACAAAGAUGCCUACGCGCCCGCGGCCGUGGUGGGUGCUGCCGUGGGCGGGCACCGGCACCCCCCGGGCGGUGGGCAGCGGGCACUGUCCCCGGGGGGUGCGGCGCUGGGCUACCGAGACUACCGCCUGCAGCAGCUGGCCCUGGGCCGCCUACCCCCGCCACCUCCACCGCCGCUGCCCCGGGAAUUGGAGCGUGAGCGGGACUACCCCUUCUACGAGCGUGUGCGGCCGGCCUAUAGCCUGGAGCCCCGCGUGGGUGCCGGCGCCGCCCCCUUCCGCGAAGUGGAUGAGCUGUCCCCCGAGGAUGGCCAGCGUGCCAAUCGCACGCUCUUCCUGGGCAACCUAGACAUCACAGUGACCGAGAGCGACCUGCGCAGGGCCUUCGACCGCUUCGGGGUCAUCACCGAGGUGGACAUCAAGCGGCCUACGCGGGGCCAGUCGAGCACCUACGGCUUCCUCAAGUUCGAGAACCUGGACAUGUCCCACCGGGCUAAGCUGGCCAUGUCUGGGAAAGUCAUCAUCCGCAACCCCAUCAAGAUAGGUUACGGCAAAGCCACGCCCACCACACGCCUCUGGGUGGGUGGCCUGGGCCCCUGGGUGCCGCUGGCCGCCCUGGCACGCGAGUUCGACCGCUUCGGCACCAUCCGCACCAUCGACUACCGCAAGGGCGACAGCUGGGCCUACAUUCAGUAUGAGAGCCUGGAUGCGUCCCACGCUGCCUGGACCCACAUGCGAGGCUUCCCCCUCGGGGGGCCAGACCGCAGGCUGCGGGUGGACUUUGCGGACACGGAGCACCGCUACCAGCAGCAGUACCUGCAGCCACUGCCGCUCACCCACUACGAGCUGGUGGCAGAUGCCUUUGGGCACCGAGCCCCCGACCCCCUGCGGGGGGCCCGUGACCGCACACCGCCACUGCUGUAUCGGGACAGGGACAGGGACCUCUACCAAGACACGGACUGGGUGCCGCCUCCCCCUCCGGUCCGGGAGCGCAGCACCAGGGCCGCUGCGGCGGCCGUGCCAGCCUACGAGCCCCUCGACAGCCUGGAGCGCCGGCGGGAUGGCUGGUCCUUGGAGAGGGACCGUGGGGAGAGAGACAUGCCCAGCAGCCGCGACCCACCCCGCAAGAGGAGGCUGCCUGAGGACAGCGGGGGCCGGCAUGUGGACAGAUCCCCGGAGAGCGAGCGCUCCCGGAAGAGACACUGCCCGCCCACGCCGGACCGCAGCCCGGACCUGGGCAGCAGCAGAGACCGCUACAACAGUGACCCCGACCGCUCCUCCCGCCUACUACUGCUCGAACGACCCUCCCCUGUGCGGGCAGACCGGAGAGGCAGCUUGGAGAGGGGUCAGGGCGACAAGAGAGACCGCAAAAACUCCGUGUCGGUGGAGCGGGAAAGGAAGCACCGCGCCCCCGCGCCCUCGGAGGGCAAGAGCCCCCUGAAGAAGGAGGAGCGAGCAGAGGCCUCGGCGCCGAGCACCAGUAGCGGGUCCAAGCUGAAAUCUCCACCGCAGAAGCCCGAGGCUGCUGCGGCCUCCACCCCGGCGGCUGCCCCCAAGCUGUCCCUUGCUUGGCAGGGCAUGCUUCUGCUCAAAAACAGCAACUUCCCCUCCAACAUGCAUCUGCUGCAGGGCGAUCUCCACGUGGCCAGCAGCCUCCUGGUGGAAGGCUCCACCGGGGGCAAGGUGGCCCAGCUCAAGAUCACCCAGCGCUUGCGUCUGGACCAGCCCAAACUGGACGAAGUGACCCGGCGCAUCAAGGUGGCCGGGCCCAACGGCUAUGCCAUUCUGCUUGCCGUGCCUGGCACCUCCGACAGCCGCUCCUCAGCUGUGUCUGAGGCCACAACCUCGACUCAGAGGCCACUUAGGAACCUGGUGUCCUACCUUAAGCAAAAGCAGGCGGCUGGAGUCAUCAGCCUCCCUGUGGGGGGCAACAAAGACAAGGAGAACACCGGGGUCCUCCAUGCCUUCCCACCCUGUGAGUUCUCCCAGCAGUUUCUGGAUUCUCCUGCCAAGGCACUGGCCAAAUCUGAAGAAGAUUACCUGGUCAUGGUCAUUGUCCGUGGUGCGUCCUAAAAGUCCAUGUGUAGCUUGCAUUUCCUACUUGACAUGGUUCCUAUGUGUGAUGUGUUAUGGGAUACAGCAUCAGACACACAACUUUAUUAUUUUUUUAAUUAGAUGUUUAUUUGUAGCUAUUUCCUCCCUACAUUUCUAUAAACCACUUUAAAGUAGAAGUCAGGAAAGUUUAGCUGUUGGCAUACAUUAAGUGAAGGGGAUCACUCUGAAAGCAGCAGGCACGUAAAACCUGCUUUAACUGAAACUUCCCAUCCUUUUAUUUGUAACUUCUGUCCUUUAUGCUCAUUUUUGUAAACUUUAGUUUAAAAAAAUACUCUAAGUUACAUACCCAUACAUUUGAAAAGUCAGAAUUGGGAAAACAAGUAAAAAACCCCAAGACUGGCGGAAGAAACCAUAUACACCUGAGAAUGACUUGGCCUCUGUUGUACUUACUUAUUAAUCUGAUUAAAAGUCUAAUUGUUAGGUUUUGGUGUAUAUGUAAAUAAUUCUUAUGUCAGAAUUAUUUUGCUUUAUUUUGACUAAAAUUUGAUCAGGGAGUGCAAAUGUCAGGUGGUACACUGUACAGCAGUUUAAUUCUUUUAAUCAGGUGUUUGAGUAUUUCACUUAAUAUACAAAAUUAAUUCCCAGAAAGUAUGCUUUAACACGUGCAUUCUAGCAUCUAUUCAUGAGUUCUACUGUAUCCCAUAUAUGCACUUUUGGUUUGUAGCUGUGACUGUUCAGUAAAUAUUGAGGACUAUGUUACAAACCAUAUAUGUCUUGUGCUUACUCUAGUAUGCAAGGAACAAGUAGGUGCUUUAAGAAGAAAAAAAUCUAGUCAGUAUAGAUGUUCGUUUUUACUGACUUUUCAAAGAAGUGUAAGAGGUACAAUUCAUACUUAGUAGUGCAUACUCCAAAAUUAAAUGUUUAUCAUCAAAGGUGGGUUUUAAGUUUUGUGAUCAUUUAAGGUUCUGGCUUCAGUAAUAGAAAGAAACAGUUGUCUACAGGCUUUUGAGGUGUAUCUUAGGUCAUUGGGUAUCAAUCAGCCAUAUCUGAGUUGCAGAAUUCUUAGUUGGUGAUCUUAAAAAAUGCCUUAGAAAGGACCCUUUGUGGGUUUUUUUUGGGGGGGGGGCAGUCCUCAAAUGAUAGUAAGGGGCCUAUUAUAUCAUUGCAAAUGUUAAGUGUUGGUGGUAUUCAUGUACAGCGGGCUUACCUGGUAUCUGACAAAGUUUAAAAAAUUGAAUAGAUUCCAGGGCUAGGCCCCAUUUUUGUUUUUUCCCCCAAACAGCUUAUUGUAUUUAGCUGGUCACUAAAUGUAAAUUUAACAUGGCUCUUAAAAAAAUUUGCUCAAUUGGAUUUUGAAUUUUCUCUCCCAGUCCACUCUUGUGAGUUCUUUUAACUGAACAUUAUUUUUAUUUCUGUUUUGUAAGCAGGCAUUUUGCUGCUUGGGUAUCUAGCAACUCAUCAGUGUAUUUAUUUAUUUUUGAUAUGUCACUUUAUCCUUGACUGUAUUUUGCAUUUUUCCCCCUGAUUGAUAAUGGUGAUGACCUCCACUAAUGCCUGUAGUACAUGUUAAGUUAUGAAAAGAACCCUAUUAAGAUCUGGAUUAUGGUUACUAUUAUCUGUAAAAGUAUUUUACUUAUUCAAAGCCUAGUAGAACUUGGCUGUUCUUUCUAUUAUCAGUGAGGAUGCUGAUGCUUUGAAAUAGCACCAAUAAUAACCCAAGGGAAACUUCGUAUGUUAAAUUCAUCAUUAUUUACUUUUUAAAAGAUUGUAUUCAUUGUUUUCCAUUAUGGCAGGUGUCUAAUGCAUGUCAGCAUGACCCUCAUCACUGCUGUGGUAUAUCAUCCUUUUGAUUUUCUUUAUACAUUUGUAAGGUUUGUUUUGUUUUUGAAACUGUGGAAAAAUCUUGACGCUUGUGAUGACUAUUGUGGAGAGAAAGUAAGUGCUGGACUUUGAAUUUGAGGUCCUUGGUACACCUUUGGGGAGAAAAAUUGUAUCAUCAUUAAGCCUUUUGUGUUUAAUGCCUUUGGAAAGCAGUGAUUGGGACUCAAAUAUGCAAUAGACAUCUGUUUUAAAAACUGAUGCAUGUAUGGGGUCAAAGUACAGUUUGUGCCUAGAAACACUUUAGCAAUUAGAAAUUAUCUCAUCAAUUUUUGAAGCCCCUUUUGAUGAAAUGAACUGGGAAAGCAGAUUUUGCUCUUUUGAAGAGUAAGCUUGUGGCAUCUAGUUCUCACUAUGAUCCAAGGUGUUUUUCAAUCAGGUCUAUUUGAAAGGUAACAGGGAUAGGCUGCACUGUGCUUUUACUUCCUGUUUCAGUGUUUAUUGAAGUGAUGGUUUUUGUUAGAUCUGGUAAUUUGUGCUUCCUGCACUAUUUGUGAAAUAGGUUUAAUAUCAUUCUUGAGUGUGUAAGGUAAAGUAAUUGAUGUUUAGUUACGGCAGUUAUAUGAGUGCCAUCGAUUUACAAUGCUGCCGUCUUAUGUGUUGUCUAUCCUGUUGUACAGGUGUGUAACAUCAGUAACUGUUCACUUCAUAAAGAAAUGGGAAAUUCUGAAAGUCUAGAACCAUCUCUGUGGUGCUAAACACCUUUAGCCAGAAUUUUAUAAUCCCAUCAUUGGAUUUUCUAUAACCAAAUUUUCUUGAUGCUGGCUGUGUGCAUGCAGUUGAUGUUUCUAGAAUUUAUUAGUUCAAGUGAAUUGAAAGAACAUUAUUUCUAUAAAACAUUAAAUGGUUUGGUACAUAAGAAAAGGAGAACAUCUAGAUGAUUAAGCCUUUUGUAUCAAAAUUCUAAAUUUUUAAAGGUAUAAUUGGUUCCCUAAUUGUCUCAGCUGCUGGUCAAUAACUUUACCUGAUCUCUCUUGUUGACUGAAACUGGAAGUUCCUCCCAGGGUUACUACAAAAAAUCAGUUCCUCUUUUAAGUUAAUUUACUUUGAAGCCUUUUGUUUCCUACCUGGUAUAGCUGAAAGAACUACCUUUGCUUUCUAAGUAUAAGAACCAUUCAUCAGAAACUUGCAGCAGUAACAGAAUGAGGAGACCACCUUAGGAGAGGGUCUACAUGACCCUUUGUGGAAAGGACAUUUUUGGUGUAUGUAAUGAGCAAAUCUUCUGGGUCUAUUCUUUCUCAUUUCCAUGACUGGGUUUAGAGAUAAUAUUUACAAAGGAGUCCACUGUGAAAAUGAGAAGCAGCUGUUAGAUUUAUAGACUUGACUCCUAGCCUCUUGAUUAUAGUGACAUCCUUAAAAGGAAUAUUAUCACAGGUAACUGUAGUGAACUGUUAAGCUUGAUGGAGUUUGUAUAUAAGAUUUGAAUAGGGUUGAAACCAAGGAUCUUAAAGGGUUUGCUGGUUAUUUAGCAAUUCUUUACAUGGGAACGGUUCAUCUUGUUGUCCUUUAAGUGGUAACAUAGCCUAUUAGAUUUUAAAUGGCUGUGUACAUUGACUACCCUUUUUUUUUAAAUUAUAUUGGAGUGACCUGUUGCUGGAAAGAUUAUUAUAAACAAAAACACCACAGAGGUGAAAGUUUGACUGCAAUUCAUGUUUUCAUUUUUUUCACUUUUAAGUUGCCUUCAGGAAGAAUCCCAUUUUAAAAAAAAACAAAACAAAUAAUUACAAGCUUUCACUAGAUUUUCCUCUGGAAAUUUUUUAUAUUUCUCCCUUUCCCUCAUACACUCAAUUGAGUGUAAAGGAUAUUUUCAGUUCUAUAACCCUAAGCUUAGCUUAUAAAAAACAAAAACCCAACCUGUUCUACUUGUUAUGUGUCUUCAUGGAAUGAAUUCAUUUCAAGGUUUGUGCCAGUGGGUAUUAUUGGUGCUUUUUGAAAUCAAAGUGGACUAUCCAGAAAGGCCUUGUAGCUUAUGUUCAUCCAUGUAUUGUAGGGAAAAAAAUAUGUUGUAAACAUUUGUACUUAAUAACCUUUUUUUCCCCCCUCUGCAAGCAAAGCUGGUGGACAGCGGAUGAAGAUUUGGAAUUCUAAGCUCUAAUGGACCUUUUUGAAGAGAAGUUGUGGCUUAUGUGGAAUUUACAUGGGCCUCUUGAUUGGAAGAAAGCUUAUCUGUUUAGUAUUUGUGCAUUUUACUAAAAUGGCAGCUUAAAAAGUUGUGUAUCUGCUAUUGUGAUGCCAAUGCCCGUGUUUUAAGUGGAAAAAAUGACCUCUUUGCUUUGUGCUGUGUACACAAGAUUUCUGGAAAAGUAAAGGAAAACCCUUUUUAUGGCUCACACAGCUUAAAAGUAGCUGUCACUCAAACAUGCGCUCACAGUUGAGCUGAUUUUGUUUCAUUCUAAAUAAAUUGUUUCUUUUGAGGAAAA